AUGGGAAAGACUGUCCAAGAAAGUAAGGCCAACCCCAUGGGGGACCGUAGCAAUGAAUUGCAUGCUCUUACACGUGCAGAGGAAGAAGCCUGCAACAAAGCAAUGAAGAAGGCAGCAAUUGAAUAUUGUCAGGAUUCCAUGAAAGAAUUCGUUCAAUGUAGUAAGGAGCAUAAUGUGACAGUAAUGUGGACAUGCAGAGAUAAGCUCAAGACAAUGAAUAAUUGCCUCAAAGGACGUACUUCUCGUGAAGAACUCGAUAAACUCAAAUUGGAAAAACUGAUGGCCAAGCGCGCUGAAUUGGCAAAGUAG